AUGGCUACGUCCCUCGAGUCAGCCCCCACCAUUACCGUUUUCCGGGGCUUCCCCGAAAAAGGCUGCUACACCUGGUCGCCAUUUGUCACUAAGCUGGAGGCCCGCUUACGUUUUGGCAAUAUCAGCUACAAUGUCGACAUGGGCUCGCCCCCGAAAGGCCCUAGGGGCAAGGUACCCUACAUCACUCUCGAACGCGAUGGCCAGUCUCAAUCUCUCUCCGACUCCACCUUGAUCGCAAAGUCAUUUAUUGAGUCUGGACACCUGGAGGAUCUCAACCGCAGACUGUCCCCCGUGGAGAAGGCCCAGGACCUUUCCCUCAAGGCCCUGUUCGAAGAUAAGCUCUGUUUCUACCAGAGAUACGAGCGGUGGGUCGUAAAUUACUACGCCAUGCGUUCCAAGAUCCUCGCCGGCGUCCCCUGGCCUGUGCAGGUGAUUGUCGGCAACAUAAUCUACAAUAAGAACGUUCGCAGCCUGCAGGGCCAAGGGACGGGUGGCUUUUCCGGCGAGGAAAUAGCCACAUUCCAGCAAGAAAUCUGGGAAUCUGUUAAUGGGCUUGUAUCGGCUGCGCAUGCCAAGCAUCGGGAUCGGGAUGGGCCGUUUUGGGUGUGGGGUGGCGAUGCCCCCACCGAGGCUGAUUCGGUGCUGUUUGGCUUUGUCGUGUCGGGUUUGGUCUGUGAAGCGGCUCCGGAAACCAAGCAGAUUUUACAUAGUUACCCAGCGCUGGUGGAGUAUGCUCGGAGGAUUCACGACAAGUAUUUCCCGGAUUAUCAGCUUUGGGAGUAA